GAUCGUACUGAAAAAGUUUUUGUAGCGGAUCGUUUUGUAUAGUUCAGCGAAUCAAUAAUGAAUGUGUGUAUUAUCGGUGCUGGAACUGCGGGCCUAUGCUGUGCGCGACAUGUCAAACAACAAGGAUUAAAUCCAACUAUCUUUGAACUGUCGGACAAAAUUGGAGGAACUUGGGUGUACAAUGAGAAGACAGGAAGCGUUAAUGGCAUCGAUGUACAUAGCAGCAUGUACACCAACUUGCGAACCAAUUUGCCUAAGGAGAUUAUGGGGUUUCCAGACUUUGAAAUUGGGGAGAAUGAAAAGUCCUAUAUAAAAUCUGAGGAAAUUCUUGAUUUCUUAAAUCAAUACGCCAAUCAUUUUCAAUUAAGAAAUCAUAUCCGAUUCAAUUCCUAUGUUAUUCGAAUCUUGGAAAAAUGUAAAAAAUGGCAGGUGCUGGUUAAAAAUGUCGUAACUAAUCAAAUGGAAUGUCAAUAUUUUGAUUAUGUAAUGGUGGCAAACGGUCACUAUCAUACGCCAAAUUAUGUUCAACUUAAGAACGGUCACCUAUUCCAGGGAGAAUAUUUGCAUAGCCAUGACUUCAGACAUAAUGAACGAUUUAGAGAUAAGACUGUCUUAGUUAUCGGUGCAGGACCAAGUGGCAUGGACUUGUCAAAUAUUAUAUCGAGAUCGGCAAAGAGAGUUUUUCUUAGUCACCACUUGGAGGGAAUUGAAAAUACAAAGUUUUUUGAAAAUGUUACCCAAAAACCAGAUGUAAGAGAAUUGGACGAAGCUGGAGGCUAUUUUGUAGACGGAUCAUAUGAGCAAUUCGAUACAGUAUUUUUCUGUACUGGCUUUAAAUAUGCUUUCCCCUUCUUAACUGUCAACUCUGGAAUAUAUGUUGAAGACAAUUAUGUCCAGGUGCUUUACAAGCAGUGUUUGAAUAUUAAGAAUCCUACAAUGGCCCUCAUUGGACUGCCAUUUUAUGUGUGCGCCGCGCAAAUGAUGGACUUGCAAGCUCGAUUCGUUCUAAGCUAUUUUACUGGCAAGAACGAGUUACCCUCUGUAGAAGAUUUGAAAUUGGAUACGAAAAACAACAUGCGGAAACUCUGGGAAAAAGGAUGCAGAAAGAGACAUUCUCACAUGUUAGGAUCCAGUCAGUUUGACUAUUUCACUGAGCUGGCGGAAACGGCUAAUGUAAAAAAUAUUCGACCUGUCAUGGCAAAAUUGCAUAAUGAAAGCAGUAAUUGCUUUAACGAAAAUUUAUUACAUUUUCGCGAGGAUAUCUUUAGACUUGUUGAUGACGAAACAUUUGUUAAAAUAAACUAAUAUUGUUUGUCUAUAUUACA